GCAGUUUGAUGACGCUGUUUUGCCGCUGCCGUCCAGCCGAGAAGAACGUCCGCUCAGCGAUAGCACGCACACGACCACCUCCGCUCUCGCAACCACCUCCUCCUUCCUCCACAAUGGCGCUCAGCAACGUCGGCUCCCUUGUGUUGCACCUUCUCAUAUUCAUCACGACCUUGGUCAACUUCAGCUAUGCUCUGACCUCCCUCGAGCCGUUGAUGCUACUUGCUCUCUACGCCAUCUCCAAGAUCUUCGUCACAGCACCAGAAGAGAGCAUCUUCGCGAAAUGUCAACAUCGCAACCUCUACGAGCCAUAUCAGGACGGAUGAAGCGAAUGCCCCCCGAGAACGGCUACGAAUCUCCCCGCUCGCCAGGCAACGAAGAGAGCUUCGUUGGCAAUGGCAUUGACAAUGGCACACACAAGGCUGGAGAAAGGAGGAGGGCUGGCAGAAGUGGGCAGGCAUUUGUUAGGGGACAAAGUCCAGAGACGCAAGAUCGCGUUGGCAGAAACGAUGCAGAUUUAGGAAGGGAAGAGGAAACGGAGACGAAGAAGGUUGGGAUUCGUGACCGCCUGGGAUGCUACACUUGGACCUGGUUCACAAUGACCAUGGCGACGGGAGGGAUUGCCAAUGUUCUGCACUCCAUUCCUUAUCGAUCUGAAUGGCUGAGGAUACUGGGCGUGAUUGUGUUUCUGUUCAACAUACUUCUUUUCUCAAUCAACUGCUUUUUUAUUACACUGCGGUUCAAGUGGAACCCAGGAUCAUUUCAAAGAUCCUUCACAAGUCCUUCUGAAUCUCUUUUCGUUCCUGCUUGUGUCGUGUCAAUCGGCACAAUUCUCACCAAUAUGUGCCAAUAUGGCAUUCCAGCAACCGGACAAUGGUUUCAAACUGCCAUGCAGGUUUGUUUCUGGGCAUACUUCUCGUUGAGCGUGAUUACAAGCUCCGGAAUGUACCUCAUCGUAUGGUCUACUCAAACUUUCCCUAUACACACAAUGACACCAAUCUGGAUUUUUCCUGCUUAUCCCCUUCUCCUCAUGGGACCAAUUGCUGCAAACCUCAUCGACGCCCUCCCCGACUCCGGCGCAGCCGCAAGAAUCAAUUCCAUCGCAAUGGCCCUCGGAGCAGUUUGUAUUCAAGGAACAGGAUUUCUUGUCAGCUUAAUGAUAUAUAGCGCGUUUAUCUACCGACUUAUGACGCAAAAGCUUCCUCGGGAGACAGCCCGGCCAGGAAUGUUCGUCUCUGUCGGGCCUUCCGGCUUCACAGUCGCAGGUAUCGUCCAUCUCGGCAACACUGUCAUUCCGAAAAUCAUGCCAAGCGGGUACCUAGGCCACUCCGAUGCAGCCUUCUUCCUUAAAUUACUUUCAGACUUGACAGGCCUCUGGCUCUGGGGACUCUGUCUGUGGUUCUUCCUCGUCAGUAUCGGUGCUCACUGGCAGAUCAUGCGACCCAAUGACCCAGAACACCACAUUCAAUUCGACAUGACUUGGUUCUCAUUUGUCUUCCCAAACACCGCUCUAGUUACCGCAACCCAAGCCAUCGGCAAAUCCCUCGAGUCGGACGCAAUACAGGUCUUUGGUACUGUGAUGGCUGGUCUGCUGGUCCUGGUCUGGAUCUUUGUGUUCUAUAUGAUGAUUCGGGCCCUUUUCAUGAAGAGACUACUUUGGCCGGGGGAGGUCGAUGGGCCGGUGGCUUUGGGGAAGAGGUGGAAAAUAUAUAGGGGUGCGAAUGGCCAUGUAGAGAAGGAGAGGGAUGGGGAUGGUGUUGCUGCUUAACAUUGAGAUAUUUUCAGGUAUUAUUACCUCUCCUUCAACUAGAGGACUGUCGCAACUUUUUAUGAGAAGAUAUACCCAAACAAUAUAUUACAUAGGCACCUACUGAAAUUGUGAAGAAACACGU